AGAUUGUGAAAGAGAUGAAAAGCAAAAUCCUCCAAAUGAAGAAGAGCCACAGUCUCCUCUCCUGUCGAUGACAGUCCCUGUCGAUGAGCCACAGUCUCCUGUCGAUGAGCCACAGUCUGCAUCAGAUGGUCAGUCGACCCUACCUGGUGAUGACCAGCGAUGGAAGUGUCUGCUAUUUUAUCUUUGUUUUUAUGGCUUCAUGAACCAGAUACGUCCUGGCGAAAGCUUUAUCACACCAUACCUACUGAGUUCUGAAAGAAACUUUACCAAAGAGCAGGUCACCAACGAAAUUACUCCAGUGCUGAGUUACUCAUACAUGGUGGUAUUGGUGCCAGUUUUCCUGCUGACAGAUUACCUACGCUAUAAACCAGUGUUGAUCCUCCAAAGCCUCAGUCACAUCUCAGUCUGGUUGUUGCUGCUUAUCUUUGGUACUGAUGUCAUUGCUAUGCAGUUUAUGGAGUUCUUCUAUGGCAUCACCAUGGCAGCACGUGUUGCAUAUUCGUCAUACAUCUUCUCAUUGGUAUCCCCUGCCAGGUAUCAAAGGGCUGCAGGAUUCUCCCGGUCAUCUGUGCUCAUGGGGGUGUUCAUCAGUGCUGUGCUGGGGCAGCUUUGUGUCACAUUGGGUGGCGUCCCUUUUCAGACUCUGAACUACAUUUCUCUUGGCUUCAUGAUAUUCGGACUGAUACUCACCUUGUUUCUGCAGCGCCCCAAAAGAAGCCUUUUCUUCAAUAAAAGUGUUUCUAAACAUGAGAAUGGAAUCAACCAUUCAGAGCUGCAAAAGAUGAAUCCUGCAGGCAAGGCUGGUGGCUGGUGCUAUAGAUGGAGAGACUCUGUGUUCAUCCGUAUGCUUGCUGAGCUCAAGGGAAUUUUCCGUCAUCCCCAAUUACGUCUCUGGUCUCUUUGGUGGAUUUUUAACUCGGCUGGCUACUAUCUUAUGCUAUACUAUGUUCAGAUCUUGUGGAAUGAGAUUUACCCUACCAGAGACAACCGACGGGUAUAUAAUGGGGGUGUUGAUGCUGCAUCAACACUUCUUGGAGCCAUGACCUCUUUUGCUGCUGGCUAUGUGAAGAUUCGCUGGAGCCUGUGGUCAGAAUUGGUUAUUGGGUCAGUGACCGCCUUGCAGGCUGGGCUUCUCCUACUCAUGAACACGACUACAAAUAUCUGGGUGUGUUACGUGUCUUAUGUUAUAUUUCGAAGUUCCUACCAGUUCCUGGUUCCCAUCGCAAUGUAA